AUGUCGCGACGGUGGCUGUUUUGGAGCGCCCUCGCUCACAUCGGACGGCUUUCUACGGUUUUGCAGAUUCUGCUAUUCCUCCCGCUAACGCUCUCAACGCUUUCGACGCCUGCCUUUCUCCUGCUUUCUUUCCUGCUUUUCCUGCACUCGCUCAUCCACGGCACCCUCCUGCUGCUAUGGGGCUCCCCUGCGCUCUCCAUCCUUCAAGUGCCCAUGCACCCGUUUCUCCUGCUAGUCUGCUUCAAUGUGUUCUCGCAGUCCCCUAGCCCAUGGCUGACGACCGCCGCGUCGUGGUGGGGAAACUUCCUCAAGUUUUCAAGCCCGGGGUUCAUCAUCCUCGAAGGCCUCAGUAGCCUGCUGGUCGUUCAGAAGCUGGGUCAAGAAGGGAAGGAGCUCGUCGGCCAGGGAGAGGGCUACCAGUUUGGUUUACUUAUUGCAGCCGCAGCAGCUUAUGUGACCUCGGCCUGGUGGAUAGUCGUGGCGUACCCAUCCGCCGCAUCCUCCCCCCUGUCGUCUACUCUCCUCGGCGUAGCUCUGACAGCAUUCCUUUUCCUCACCUUCAUCGGGUUCGGUCUCCGCCGUACGAACAUCAUCGAGUCCUCGGGGCUCGCCCUGUUCCUGGCGUACAACGUCUGGCUAUGCGGCUUUGACCAGCAGUCAUUCACCGACCCCGCGUCCUCCUACGCACCCCUGAUAGAGAACAUCCUCCCCCACCUGCAGACGCUCGUCAACUUCAUCACGAACACGCUCCCGAAGCCCGUCCUCGUCGCGUUAAUAUACCGCCUCUCGAUCCUCCACCUCGCGUCUCGCAUACUCCCCACGAUCGGUGCGGACGCAUGGGAAUCGGAAUACGGCGUCGACGAUGGCUGGGAAGGGCGGCCUACCUCAAAACUGACACGGUUACUACUAACCUACCGGCAGGCGAUCUUUGUCACAGUCUAUUCGAACCUCUUAUCUAACGGUACUGUUCCCUCAGUACUAGACCCUUCUUCACAGAUCUGGUGGCGCUGGAUGAACAUCUUCUUCACGCUCGUGAUCUGGUCCGUCGAGCUCUUCGUGAGCGCCGAAGACGACCCGAUCACAAAAGAGUGGAAAGUCGAGUAG